UGUGUGUGUGUGAGAUGAGAGUGUUCAGCAUUAACUGAAGAAUCCCCACUGGAGGAACUAGCAUACCUGUUAACACAUUAAUAAUCGUUUGUCUUCUAGAGUGACUGGUCGUACCUUCAGAAAGGAGAGUCCAGCAGCAGCAGCCUCAGAUGACCAAGACCAAGACCUGCAGGAUCCAGGAGCACAGCUGCUCUCUGUGGACACUCCCAAGGAGGGUUACCACAGUGAAGAUCUACAGAAGAGCUGUGAAGCCUGUACUGAAGUUCCAGACUCCAGCCACUGGGUCCUGGUGGAGCCUGACGUCUCCACAGAGAAGAGCGAUUCGACUUACAGCCUGAGCUCUCCUGCAGGGAGGUAUGAGUGCUCAGAGUCUGGUCUGCGAUGGCUGUGUGCUGGUCAAGUCACCCUGCAGUACCACUUCACAGACUGGCAUCUCUUGGCUGGAGAGCUGCCUCACAUGCAGUACAGACCAGCUGGCCCUUCGAUGGACAUCAAGCUCAUCUCAGGAGAGAUGCAGGAGAUCCACCUGCCACAUUUCCUCUGUUUGGGAGGUAGUCAGUCCUGUCUGAAGGAUUCUGUGAUGGUUCUGCAUAAGCAGGACAGUGGAGUGUGUUUGGAGAAGUGUGAGCUGAGUCGCUUCCAUGCCAGGCUGGUGAACCCCUCCUUUUCUCUUCUUGGACUUUUCUACUCUUUGAUAUCGCUCUUGCUUCCUGGGAAGGAGGAGAGGGAGAAGCAGAUUAAGAUCCAUGCUGAUGUUCAGGUCUAUCGGAGUAGCACCUCCCCCCUCACCUUCCGCAUGUACCUCCUGCCAGCGCAUCCCCAUCCCAGAAAGUUAUUGAGGGACCAGGAAUUGGAGGAAGGUUUCCGAGGCAUCAGACUCUCUAAGCCCCCGCCUGUGAGACCGCUGCAUGAGAAUGAGUUCUAUGGUUUACACACAACUCCAGAAUGCAUCAGAAUGUAUCCAGUAGAGUUAGACCUCAGAUUCAGCCAAAUUGCUCCUAACUUCUCAGAGGUUCGCAUAGGUGAGGCUGGUGACUUUAAAAUAGAGCUGCUCAGCUCUGCAGACCAACAGACAGUCUGGGAAGCAGAGAUCUUGAGAGCCGAUUGCUCCUGGACCAAUCCCAACCAGAGCAGUGACAACCUAUCAGCUGCUGAGUUCCUCAGAAGGCACCAGGCAGAUCUUGUUCAGAAGGUGAAGAACGUGAACCAGUUAGCAGAUAAGCUGCUCUCACAAGGCCUCAUCAACACUGAAAAUCUUUCAAACAUCAGCGCAGAACGCACUGAAGAGGGCAAGAUGAGAUGUGUGUUUAAGGUCCUGGAGUCUUGUGGGGAGAGAGGGAAGCGCGUGUUCAUCACAAACCUUCAAGAGCAACACCCUGAGCUGCUGGAGGAGUUGGGCAUGCCUCCUGGAUGGGGAUAUUAAAACCUCCUUUAGCUAUUUUCAUUUGUAAUUCUGUAACUUCAUCUGUACUCAUGCUCAGUAGACGGUUGCAACGUGGAAGGCAACAAUGCGCUACAACGCUUGCUAGCACAUUUUCCAGCUCAUAGUCCAAAGCUUUGCCCUGCAAACACCACCACCAUAGUUAGAACACCAACAACACUGUUGUCUAGCAAUCUAACUACUGAUAAAGCAUACAAAAACCUUACAAACAGCAACAACAGCACAGUUGGCGCUGAUAAAAGGUUUGCUUGCAUGCUAACGCAUGUCUUAGGGCAAUAUAAGAUCUAUAAGAUCAGCCCCCUCUAUUGACUCCUUCAAGUCCAGGCUCAAAACCCACUUUUACCAAUUCUUUAGCAUUUGGAUCCUCCUGAUAAUUUGAUAAUUUGCCUUCUGUAUAUAUAGAUGCUUAGUUGAGUGUUUUGCUUCUGUUUUUCUAUUUGAUUUCAUAUGUUAUUGUGAUUU